AUGCAAUCGACCAGCCCAGAAGAAUCGGCCUUUGAACCGCCUCCCCAGACCUUUUCCACUCUAGGGGACAGGCAAUAUUCACCCAAGGAAGUGACCAUGCCUGCUCAAUCUAGCAUUGCGGCCUCAGACUGGGGGCAUUCUUACCCGUCAAUCUUCCAACUCAACUCGGAAAUCCCCGCCUUUUUCAUGCAUUAUCGCUGGUGGGAAGACGAGGCGGCAACUGUGUUCUGGGCAUUCGAUAUCCAAGAAAUCAGCCGUGUGAUCCAGUUCGGGCUCUUUCGCGAUGAGAAUUUCCCGAGGACUUCGCUUUGCGCUCGAAAUGUGGACACAAUUGACACCUUUUUGAUGGCGUUGUCUGAGCCCCAUGAGUACCAGCUCCUUGGGAAUCUCUCUCAUACGCAGAGGGUGGAGGAGAUCCUGCGCCGGUCGAGUAUAUCUCCUUUCCAGGCGAUUCCUUGGAGUUGGUUCCCACCGCAGUCAAGCCCUACUCUAGAUGCGCGGGCAAUCGCUGCCGCAAUUGAGGCCGAGAGCCAUUUCCACUUCAGGCAGGUUGCCUUUGAAGAGCUUAUACGUGCUGCCCUUGGAUACAAUGCUAUCUUCGUUGAGUGGUUCCUGCAACAGCAUGCGGCGCUUUAUAUUAUUCUCCGGGAUUAUCUGAGCGCCUGUCCGGAUGACAUUCCUUUAUACACAGAAGUGGAAAAGCAUCUUCGGUCGCGGAGUCCAUUCGCACACCGAGCGCUGGUCCAGUGCCUUCUGGCUGUGCGACCUGGCGGAAAUUGUGACGUGCCUAAACCCAGCACCGCUGGGUUUGAAUUCAUCGCAGGCCCUAUUCAGGCCUUAUUCAAGGACCAGCCAGGAAGGCUUAAUGCCAUGCUCAAGAUGUUAAGUGUUUUGACAAUCCGAUUUCGCCGACAGUAUGUCCAUGCUGCUACCAUGGAUUGGAAGACUCCAUUUGAUACCUCUAUUCCUUUCCUGGACGAUUAUCUCGAGUCGACAUCUCCAACGAGCUUGGCCCGCAGCAUGAGAGGCCUGGACGAGCACCAUUUUGCCGAGUUGACCCAGCAAAGCUUAAUAGCAGAGGAUGCUGUCGUGGGGCAAUUGAAGGUACAGUGGCGCGAACUAAGUGUUUCUGUCUGGGAAUGCUGCGCUGCACUUCCAGACCUGAUUCCGUAUCUACAAGAAUGUGCACAGGUGAGCAGUCUUUAUUUCUCCCAAAGUCGCCGAGAUCCCAAAAUCAGCCCUCUAACCGUACAACCAUCUGGACAGUCGCUCUUAACAACACGUAAUUAUCAUUCUUUCACGGCUGUCAUCAAAGGCCUGCACACCUACAGCAUCUUGAAAACGCGCCCCGCCCAAGGGAACACGAUUACACCCGAGGCCCUGUUUCCACAAGAAAUGCUUUCCCUCGUGGACCCAUCUCAGAACUUUGCCGCCUAUCGCCAGCACUACCAACAAUUCCCUGGCAUUCCUUUCCUGAUCCCCCACAUCCGCGAUCACAAAGAAAACGGCGAAUCCGUCCUCCAGCCAGUUAUCCAGUGUCUGCAAAGCACCCAAUAG